AAAGUGGCGGACUAGAAGGGUCGCCAGCAACCCACUCCAUCCUGCUCGCCAACUUGCUCUGUGACCUUGGGCAACUCAUCAGCCCUCUCUGGGCUACUAUUUUGGGGAAAACAAGGUGGUUCCAGGAUGAUUUCCUCGAGUCAUUCCUGCAGAUUGCCUCAGCAUUUGUGGAGCUCACACUGCGUGCACAGUGUGUGGAGGAGACAGGCUUGAGGCCUGAAAGGGCUUAUUACCAGCUGAAGGAUUGAAGUUGGACCCUAAACGUGGCUUCGCCAAGCCAGGCCUCUCUGAUGUUCAGAAACAGGUGGAAGAGACAAGCAUUUGUUAGUCUCACCAGAGAGGGCCUCAGGCCUUGCCUUCUCUGGAGUCCUGGAUCUGGGGUUGGGGUGAGCGGAUUAAAGGGUCCCCAGCAGCAAGAGGUGGGGGGAAACACCAGGGACACCCACCAGGAUCCCCAGGCAGGCUGGCCCAGGCUUUAUGGGAUUAGGGGCUGGCUUUGCCCAACUGGAACCACCUCUCCGAGGGGGCCUCCAGCAAACCUCAUGUGAGGUCAGCACUCAUUUAGCUGAUUAAUUGUGAUGUUUAGUUUUGAAGGGGGACCUGUGGUGUAAUAUAAGAUUCUAAUCACUGCCUGCAAUUACAGGGCAGGCCACGCCACUAAUGAUGGAGCAGGAUAAAUCACCAACCACCUUGUUUAAAAGGGUCUUCAAGUCUGAAAUAUUAUAAAAUGGAAUAAUUACCAAAGUCCCGCCGUCUGGAGCAUUUCAGUACUAGAGGAUCGGGGGCCUCAGGCCCUCUAACAAUCACAAGUUUGCAAAAACAGUCUUUCCUCUCAUUGGGUUAAAAUUGGAAAUUGUCUGAAUCUGAAAAGGGGAAAGAAAGUCAUUUUCAAACGUUCUAGUUCUCAUUUUGAUCUGGAAUGAAGCUUUUUGUUGUUGAAGCGUUUUUAACUUUUACCUGGUUUCAUCCUUGCCGCAGUCUGGAGAGCAUCCCAGCCGUCGCUCCUCCACCUGCUCUGACGACAAGGGAAGAUGAGCGAGUCGAGCUCGAAGUCCAGCCAGCCCUUGGCCUCCAAGCAGGAAAAGGACGGCACUGAGAAGCGAGGGCGGGGCAGGCCGCGCAAGCAGCCUCCGGUGAGUCCCGGGACGGCGCUGGUAGGGAGUCAGAAGGAGCCCAGCGAAGUGCCAACGCCUAAGAGACCUCGGGGCCGACCGAAGGGGAGCAAAAACAAGGGCGCUGCCAAGACCCGGAAAACCACCACAACUCCAGGGAGGAAACCAAGGGGCAGACCCAAAAAACUGGAGAAGGAGGAAGAGGAGGGCAUCUCGCAGGAGUCCUCAGAGGAGGAGCAGUGACCGUGCCGCGCCGCCAGCUCCCUCACCGAGGAGCAGUUUCCUUCUGGGACUGGACAGCUCCGCUCCGCUCCCACUGCCCCCACCCCUUCCCCCAGGCUCUCGUGUCACCGCCACCCACCUGCGCCCUCACCACCACACUACACAGCACACCAGCCGCCGCCGCAGGGCCCCCGGGGGCCCGGGUCGGGAGCAGUUUCCUUUGAUUUCAGGUCCCAGCGACCCCUGACCCACGCACCUGACUUCCCACUGAGCUGCUCCCGUGCUGCUGCAUCCCCACUCCCUCAGCGUGGGGACCUUGCUGGCUGGGCUCUUGGUUUCGGGGUCCCUUCUAAUCCCCGACUCUUCCCUCUGGCUUCCCAUUAAGGGGCCUGGGAGGGCUCCCCUGGCCUUAAAAAGGGGCCCAAGCCCCAUCUCAUUCUGACAUGGCCCACUCCCACUGUACUAGCGGCAGCAGGUGUGGCCACUGGAGAGGGGUGAUUGGCCCCAGAUGCCCCCAACCAAGCUGUGUCUCACCAGGGGUGGCUCGCACACCCUU